GUACAGAGUCCGGCGCCUACUUUUUAAUCUCCUUUCCUAGCGGAGUACUUCAGUUUGCGCCUGGUGAACAGUUAGAUGGUUGUGAGGGGUGUCUUAUUCCCGGUCGCCCUCCCUUUUACUGUACCACGGGGUUCUAAAUUGACCUAGAGAAAAAUCUGACCCCAGUGAGCGGGUAGGGAGACAGCGUCUGUGGUUAGCUCGUCCAUUUAUUCAAGUUCUGUUCGACGCUCUUCAGACCGUCGUCAGCUUCCUUUUGCUCCUCGCCUCUAGUGGCUUUGUUUUUACCCUUUUUGCAGCGGCGGCUUCUCCCGCUCCGCCCCUCCCUCCCAGAAUUAUGUAUGAUCGAGCUCCCCGCUUGUUCACAUUGGCUGAAGGUGGCAGCACUGAGGAGCAUGUGGGUCCUGGAUCCUACCAGGUACCUUUCCUGAAGCAGCAGGCAACAGGUGGCUAUGCACCAUUCCUUUCUUUGGCUGCCAGAGAAAGUACUUUUACUGUUGCCUCUAACACUGAGAAAGCUGUUCCAGGGCCGGGGCACUAUAAUGUUUCAGAAGCACAGUAUAAUAUAAAAGGAGGUCAUAGUCUACAAAACCGGGAGAAGCGUUUUAAGAAGUUUGUUUCAGAUAGUCCAGGACCAGCGAGCUAUGAUCAGUUUUAUCCUGGAACAUUAGAUAUCAUGAACAGAAAAGCACUACAGAAAAUUUCAAGAGUACCACCUACAGUUUACAGAAGUGUUGAUGUUCCUUCAAUUCCUUCUUGUGGAUGGUCAUAUGGUUAUGAUAUUAAUGAGGAUGGCAGUAUUAUAAAACAUUCUCCACCUGCUAGUGACAGUACACUAGGUCCAGCAUACUAUAAACCUCAAUUUGAUUUUUCCAAUACAACUUUGAAAUACAAGGGGAUACAUUUUGGCAACUCUUUGGGAAGACUCGAGUUACCUACAAAGUCAGGGCCUGGUCCUGGACAGUAUAAUAUAGUCCAGAAAAAGAUACCUCAUUAUGAAAAUAUUAACAUCAAGAAAGAUCAACGACAAAAUUAUUGCUUAAAUCUCCCACGAUUUUAUGAAGUAAUAAUAUUACAGGAGGAAAAAAAGGGAGUACCAGGGCCUGGAAAAUAUAACAUUAAAAGUCAAUUUCAGAAGGCCGAAAGUAUGAUACCAAAUGUAAAUGAUGCAUCACCUGCUUUUCUUUCUCAAUCCCAGAGAUUUGUACCUAUCAAGUCAAUCACUCCAGCUCCUGGCACAUAUAAUGAACCUCGAACUGCUUUCAAUUCCUUGAAGAAAACACCAGCACUGAAAAGUACUCCAUUUGGUCAAAGUGCUGCUCGAUUCACACAGGACUCCACAACAGAGGAAAUGCCAGGUCCUGGGUUUUAUGAUAUCCUAAACAAUACUAUAAUCAACAACUUUACCGAUGCCUGCUUGAUGAAACAAAAGAAAAGUGCGUUUGGAUCUUCUGUUCCUCGGACUCUCUUCCUGGUUCAGGAAGAAGCUUUUACUGCUCCUGGUCCUGCUGAUUAUCAGAUUGGUGGAAUUUCUGAUGAACUACCUAACUUGACUAACUGCUAUGCUGCUUUCUUGUCAAGAACACAAAGAUCUACUAAACUGUCAGAUAUGGAUAUUCCAGCACCUGGCAGCUAUGAUGUUCAAAAAUCAUAUGAAAUGUCCCAAGUUCAACAUAAAUACAUGCUGCCUCGUACUUUUGUGGCUAAACUGAAACAUGCCUCCUUUCUUAGCACAACUCCACGGUGCCUGCAGAAAAGGACUGAUGGGCCAGGGCCUGCAACAUAUGAUCCCGUUUUAAGGAAAUCUUGCUCCAUACCCUUAUUUGUUAAAGCAUCAAAGCGUUUUAAAGAUUCCAAAGAGAUAACUCCUGGUCCAGCGACAUAUGAGCUCAGUCCAUUUUUAAGACAUUCUGUUUUGAAGAAGACAUUUAAUGUCACUCUACCAAAUCCUUCACUGAUUAUGAGAGAAAACACUUUUACUGUAAAACGAAAAGCCAAACAAAAAAAUCCAGAAAGCAAAGUAAAAUCUUCUAAAUGAUAUAUUCUAAAGGUAUUAUCUAUUAACAUAAAGGUAAGCUGACAGUUCUCUCACAAAGAAGCAGUUCCAUUUUGAUGAUGCCCUCCAUCAGCUACUCAAAGGAAUAUAAUUGCUCUUCUAACCUCAAGAGAUAGAAAAAUCUGUUCUUGCAAGACAUUUAAUUCUUUUUUUCUCAAAAAUUUCCUAUUACAACAGCAGUAUAUAUAUAUAUUCAUUGCAUUCUUUCUAAACAUGUAUUAUUAACGCUUCCAUAUAAAACACAACUCUGAAUAAAGACAUCUGAAACCCUUUCUUUUUUACUUUCGUAUUUCAUUCUCUAACCAGAGACUACAAUUACUUUCCAAAUACUAGGCAUCCUGAAAAUAAGUACAUGAUGUUAUUACAUGUAUGUGUUAUCCACUUAUUUUCUUAUUCUUCAUUUCUCUGAAAUUAUAAAAGUAGAGAGCAAGAGUCACAAAAAUAUUAUUUACUUUGUGUAUGUUUUACUUUGUGUGACGUUUAUGUAUAGAUAGGAGAUCAAGGGAAAAGUGAUUAAAUUACAGCAACACACAGGGGCUCCUGGGUGGUUCAGUUGGUUAAGCAUCUGACUCUUGAUGUCAGCUCAGGUCAUGAUCUCAGGGUCCUGAGAUCAAGCCCUCAUGCUGGUCUCCGUACUUAGUGCAGAGUCUGCUUAGUCUCUCUCUUCCUCUCCCUCUAUCCCUCCCCCUGCUUGUGAUCAUUCUCUGUCUCAAAAAAAAAAAAAAAAAAAAAAGAAAAAAAAAAGAAACUCUGAGCUCAUGUUCUAGUUAUGUAACCCUAACUAAAGUUCUGGAUCUUUGUUCUAUGGCUGUAAAAGCAGCUGGUGUGCUAGAUCAGUAGUUUUCAAACAUAGCUUGUGCUUCACCAUUGCCAAAUGAGUUGAUCAAAUACCACAGCUACCCAGUAUCUAACAACUCCCCAGCUACUGUACUCUGGGAUGAAGACUUGGAACCUCUAUUUUCCUCUAGGCAUUUAUUUGGUGAAAUUAAACUCUACCUAUGUAAUUCCCAAAGUUUCUGUCAUCCCUAUAGUGUUUUUUUCAGCAGUUGCCUGUUCAUAUGUCAUGUGAACCAUGUAAAAUAUAGUUUUGGUCACAGAAAUUUCAGAAAAGCAAGAGCAUUUGAAGUACAUUACAUAUGUUGUAACAAUCUUGCAUGUAUUCUUUUCAGGUAGUACCUUAUGGAAUUAUUUUUAUUGUCUUCCUCUUAAUUAUAUUUCUCUAUGAUAGAUCACAUAAUAUGAAAAUCUGUUCAUGAAAGAAAAAUAGAAAGAUGAAAAUUCAGAAUGUGGGAGAGUUCACUGGUCACAACUCUCAAGAUAAUGUAUUAAUUAUUCAGUAGAACUAAUUCUUAUGUCUAUAAUCCUAAAACUGUGUAAAAAUUCUCCAGACUAGAACUAGCUGAAAGAACAGAACUAAUUGGAAAAGACCUCCCCCACCACCAACUGAUCCUUUCCAAUAAUUGUAUCCAAUAAGUUUUGUAUUUGCUUUAGUUAGUUUUCAUUUCUUCAAUUGAACCAUCACUAUUACUUAAUAUUAGUUUUCCUUGAGGAAACUUGUCUCUUACAUGAUAAUUAUAGAGCUCAUUUUGCAGAGGCAAUUUUUUAUUUAGAAAUAUUUUUUAAUCAUCUCUUGUUCUUUAGUGUUAUUGACCAAUUUAACCUUUGCUUAAUAUAUUAGUGAUCAAGAUAUUAAAUGUUAUUACCAAAGGAAUUUCAUGAGCAGGGCAAUCCACCAUGUGGACACUCCCAAAAUAUAUGCUGUUACUGCUAGACUAUCGGGGUUUCCCUCUGUUGCCCAGAGUGAUCAUUAACUAUGGUAAUACAGAUAAUUCCCUGCUCUCACUGACACUAGAGCAUGCUGCCUAUAGUUCCCCAGUGUUAGAAGCAGCUAAAUUGCAAACAGGAUCAAUGAUUUGAAUGAUCUU